AGGGGCCACACUUGGGGAUCUGGAGGGCCAUGUAGGGCCUUGAGGCCACAGGUUCCCCACCCCUGGAGGCAACUUCAUUGCCUAGGUCUAAACACAACUCUACCAUUUACUAAGUAUGUGACCUCAUGCAAGUCACAUAAAUUCUUCUCACCUUCAUUCCUCAAUAGAAUUAUUGUAAGAAUUAAAGAUAAUUCUUUAAAAGUAGUUGUAAUAACAUCUAGCAUGUAGAAGGUGCUUAAUAAACUUAUCCUUAAGCAGGUUUCUAGUUAGACAAGGGAGAAAUAGGACCAAAAAUUAUAAGGAAAAUGUGGAAGAUAAACAAUUAAAUGGAAAAGAAAGAUACGCUGCCAUUGUUUAAUUGCAUUAUGCUCGAGAGCAGCAAAAUCAAAGACACUUGAUAUGGCUUUUUUGCGUCCUUGUCUCCAAGAUGACAAAGAAAAGAAGGAACAGUCGUGCCAAAAAGGGCCGUGGCCAUGUGCAGCCUACUCGCUGCACAAACUGCGCCCGACGCGUGCCUAAAAACAAGGCCAUAAAGAAGUUCGUCAUCUGGAACAUAGUGGAGGCUGCAGCUGUCAGGAACAUAUCUGAAGCGAGUGUCUUCGAUGCCUAUGUGCUUCCUAAGCUGUGCACGAAGCUACAUUACUGUGUGAGUUGUGCCAUUCACAGCAAGGUAGUCAGGAAUCGUUCUCGGGAAGCCCGCAAGGACCGAACACCCCCACCCAGAUUUAGACCUGCGAGUGCUGCCCCAAGACCUCCACCAAAGCCUAUGUAAGGAGUUGAGUCCUUGAGGAGUGAAGAAAAACUAUCUGUUGGAAAAAAAUAAAAUGGAAAUUAUACUUAAUAUAGCAUGUUGAAUAUGUCUGUGCCAGAGAGAGUGGAAGUUUGUGCUAUACCAGGUGUUCAAGUGUGAACUGUCACAUAAUGUUUUUCUUUGAAAGAAAGCUAAUCUGUGUGAAUUAAAAAAAAAACAAAAAACCCCCCAGAUACUUGACGAAGUAGAAAACACAGUAAACCUUUAGGCCCAUUUCUACAAUUAGUUGUAUGAUCAUAAUAAAGGAACAAUUUAUCCUUUUUGAGUUUCAGACUCUUAAUCAGGACCUUGGACAAAUCUGUGAGAAUUUUAUUUUAUUUAUUUAUUUAUUUUUGAGACAGGAUCUCGCUUUGUUGUC